UUGAGGCGGGAGACACCGGAAAUUGCCGAUAGUCUUUCGGAAAACGAAAAAACACAGCUUUAUAGCCAUAUUUUUAAUUAUAUCAUUGUAAUUAUGCCAUUAAUCAACAUUAAAUGAUAUCAUCUUUACAUAUUUAUCAUCAACUAUAGCGUUCAUCUUCCGCAAAAUCAAGAUUUAACAUUCAAGAUGUCGGAAGUCGACAUUGCCGAAGAACUUCCGAAUGGUGACGAUUCAGCUUUCGAAGAACAGCCAGCUUCGGAAGAUCAGGCUGAACAGAGUUUGACAGCUCAGACGAUUCCAAAUUCUAUCCCAAUUGUUAGCGAAAAUGAAACUGUUUAUGUGACUUCAACAAAUGAACACGAUCUCUUACAUGCAGAGUUCAAUGGAAUUAAGGGUGCACACAUUGUCAUUCACGAACAGUUGGAUCCUCAUUCGGGGUUAAAAUCACCCACAACACCCUUACCCCCACCUACCCCUGCCACGCCCCUCAGCAAGGAAAGAGGCUUGAAAUACCAAUGGGAUGAGACAGUCGAUCAGGACAUUUUACCUGUUCGGUGUAAAACUACAAACGGAGAUCUGUUUAAAUCUAAAUUUGGAUCUGGUGGAAGAGGGAAAUGUAUUCGCACUGGUGAUGAGUGGUUUACACCGAAUGAGUUUGAGCAUUACGCAGGAAGAGCGAGCAGUAAAGACUGGAAAAGAAGCAUCCGUUAUGGUGGACGAACGCUCCAGUGUCUGUUGGAGGAUGGAAUACUGCAAGCCCAUGCCACGUCAUGUACAUGUGCUGCUUGCUGUGACGAUGACAAUGUGACUGGUCCGGUAAGGUUAUUUGUGCCAUACAAGCGAAAGAAGAGAGACAGUGACCCAGGCACCCCGUCCACACCAACAGGCAAGAAGAUGAAGAAAUCUCAUAUUGAGACAAGUAUGGCUCAAGCUUCUGCCAGUUUUCCCCAUCCAGUGAGACUGGCCAGCGCCAACCUAAAUGGGGAAACAGUCCACAUUCUCACAUCUGACCCACUUUCAGGAGAGACGGUGAUGGUAGCACCAGUUCCAGUGAGCGGUCAAAUGAGCCCAGGUGGAAAGAGCAUCACCUUCAACAUGGAGAUGCCUGAACACAAACAGUGGUGGCAGCUUGAAGAGAUGGCAAACAGCCUGAUUCAGCAGGCCAACCAGUUCAAGAUGAUGGUGGAGCAGGUGAAGCAGCAGUCUCUGGCAUACAAGGAGGCUGCAGUGAACCAGGUCAGACAACAGAUGGAAAAGAUGAUCAACCAAGCGAAGCAGGAGGCCCAGAUGCAGCUACAGAGGACAAUAAUGGAGGAGCGGUCCAAGCAAGAGAUGGCAAUACAGAAUGCCAUUGCCCGUACCAGGAAUGAGAUGGCUGACAAGGAAGGGGGGAUAACUGUGGUCACGUAUGAGGGCUGGACGGGCCAGACCCCACAGAACAUCCAGGGCCAGCUGCCCAACAUCAUGGUGGCCACAGAGGCAGAAGGGGAGGUGAAACAAUGACUAAGAGGCUUUUUAGGCACCUGAAUGAACAGGGGCUGGAUUGAGAGUUUAACAGUGUUGGCGAGAUUAUAUCAAUUGCUUAUGAUUCCAUGAUCUGGAGAAACAAGAAAACAGGAGUAAUUUGAUUUGGAAAGAGCAGCUAUCACACAGGUUCAGAUUGAGUAUUUUAAGUUUUAAAUGUAUUUUGAUAGUUUUUAUUUGUGUAACAUGUAUUAAAACCAUUUCCUAUUCUAGUGGACAAGAUGUUAAUGAACAUACUCCGAUAUCUAUCUUUGUUCUGUGAACAUGUUUAUCAUUGGUAGGUUCAUAAAUUCAUAGAAAUAAUGUAUGAAAAAGGGAUAUAUUCAUUUUUUGUAUGGGAUUUACACACUACUUGAAUGUAAAGUACAUUUCAUUGUAUGUAUUUAAUUGUGGCAUUUAUAUCCAUACUGUAAAUAGGUAUACUGAAUUGCUUGUGCUAUUUUAGUUCUAUUUAAGUAAAAAGAACAAAAUUAAUUUGCGCAAAAGUCAAAGUACAUGGUGGCCAAGGCAUCAGUAGUUCAAAGCUAUAUUGCAAUCUGUCAAAAGGGCAUAUUAUUUGUAUAAUGUUUAUUUGUUUUACCAUUUUAAAUACUGUUUUAUCUUUCAAUUGUGUUUAAAAUUAUUUGAAAAAAGUUGUGUUUUUAGUGAAUAUAUGUCGAGCUAGGAGAUUAUUGAAAUCAUUUUGACUGUUAUUCAUUUAAUCAGUGCUUAAUUUUUAUUGAUACUCUUAUUCUCAUUUAUUUAAUUGAUCACUCAUGCAUAAUUGAUCAUAGUUUUAUUCUUAAUUAUUGUUCAGACGCAUGCCUCCACCAAUGGGAUUGCGGGACACAUUCACAUUCAGUAUGAAGAGCUUUGACAACCGAAAAUACAUUAAGCAGAAUACAACGCCAAAUUUCCAUUUAUCAACGCCAAAUUUCCAUUUAUUAACAAAAAAUCCAACAUAUAUCCAUUUAAUCUUCAACUAGUUUUAUUAAGUGUGUUAUUUUGAAGCUUGCACAUGUGCAUUGCCUAGCAUAGAGGUAUUGGAUAUGCAUUUUGCGCUGAACACUGAGAAAGCAUUUAUUUCUUGUCUUCUAAAUGAUUGGUUGGCUUAAUUGUUUUGAAGAUCAAGAAGAGCACUUACUCUUACCAAGCAUCUGGAGCAUGUCAUUCAUUGUAAAUGUUUCAUUAUUUGUAUAUUUUGCAUUGUUUUACUCAUUUCUGUACAUACUGAUUUCAUUAUAGGGAUCAUUCAUUCACAACAUUCGUUGAAAAACUCUUUACAAAAUUUUGUGUAUGGUUAAAUCAUAAAUGUAAUAAAAAAAUAAUACUUAAUA